AUGGCUCCGGCGAGGUUGACGGCACCACAAUACACAACGGACCAGAUUAUGGAAGGGACGAAGUUGGCGGCGACAGCAGUGAAGGGGUCGUUGAAGUCCACUGGCCAUGAGAUGUCGGAGCUAGCAGGGGAGCACCUACGAGAGACAGGCAUCGACAGGUCAAAUCCAGUGCUUGAUUUCAACAAUCUGUGCAUCAUAUACGGCCAUACCACUGCAGUAGGGAGAUACAGUCGAUCGAGUCAUGACAUGGACUUUGAGGAUGAAGUUCAAGGAUUGAAAGUGGGUGGUGCAUUUGGGGAUGCCAUUAAUGCUGGAGUUGUCGAUUUGCACCAGGAAAGAGAUAUUGCUACUUUAGGAAUGAAGGAUGGUAAGCCUUAUUUCAUCAAGUUGAGGUGACUUUUGGAAGUUCCUUUUUUCAGUGAAACGUACAAUAAUGGUUCAUGAACCCUUCCACUUGCACAAAGGAAUCUUUGUAAUUGUCUUCUUGUGAUUCCUCUCUCUCUCUCUGGUCCAUUUGUUCUUUCACAUUUCUUUGUUGGAUUCGUUUACUUUGGUUCAAUGGAAAGGGUAUAUGCUUUGUCUCUUUUCUGGGGAUAUCACUCCAUGACAAUGGUGGUGCUGGUCAGCGAGGUACCUUGGCGAGUGGUGUGCUGCCACCAGCACUCUACAGAAUGUAGAUUGCAGCGUGGAAAAGUAAGUUCCAAGAGGUCAAGGACAAGUAAAGGCACUAGAGCUUAUCCUCGAACGCGAGACAAGUUCAAACUAUACAAUACUGCUGGAAUGCGGGAAUGCACUCGCAGUGUGUAUGGAAGUCAUCGUCUCAUCAACAAGGGAGAUGGGAGAAAAAUCUAUUGGGGAACUAGAUAGGUGAGGCAAGAAACUAGCAGAGAUGGUAGCUGUUCUCUGCAGCUAUGCACCUGACAAGAAUGCCCAGACUCUUCUAUUUCUCCUUCUACGAUCAGCACAUGGUUUACACUUCCAGUUGAUUUUGAUAUUGUUCACUGGCAUCAUGUUUUCUGCUUUGUUGAUUGGUUGGGAUUAUAGAAUAGGAUCGAUUGUCAUUUAGUUUGUACUACAUAUGGUCAUUCCAAGGAAUAACAAGCCCUUGACUGCCCUGAAGGAGCAAGAUAACAAUGGGGAGUAGAAUUAAGAGGCUCAAAAUCCAAGGAAGCAUGUACCCAACAAGCUUAUGCAGUUUUGCUUUCCUCUAUUCAUGAAUCAUGUCCCAUACUGAAUUUAUUCGUCUACGCAUUCCGGUUCCAAGUCAGUUCUUGUCAUACAGAGUACUGAAUUCGUUCGUUCUUUUUAUUAUUAUUUUUUUGUGUGU